AUGGCGAGGUACGAUAGGGCCAUUACAGUCUUUUCUCCAGACGGCCAGCUCUUCCAGGUCGAGUACGCCCCCGAAGCCGUGCGAAAGGGUAACGCCGCCGUCGGCGUCCGUGGCACCGACACCAUCGUUCUCAGCAUCGAGAAGAAGUCCACCGCCAAGCUUCAGAACUCCAGGAAAAGUCUCAAGUAUCUUCCUGCAAUCUGUGCUAUAUUGUCAGGCACAGAAGACGUUGGAGUAUCCUCUACUCAAUCUGAAGACUUGUCUAUUACUUCUACUACUUCAGGUACUGAGGCUAGAGAAUUAAAGAUAAGCGUAGAGGUAUCUGGGGCCAAAACUCAAGCAAUAUUCGAUGACGUUUUUGACAAAAUGGUUGCUGCAACCCAGCCAAUACCCGGAUUUUGA